UUUCUACAUUUGUUGUUGGUGGUGGUGGCAAUGUUGUUAUGACAUCAUUGUUACAUUAUAAUACCGUAGUUGUUAUUGUCAUUGUUGCUAUUGUUACUACUAUUAUUAGUAGCGUUGUUUCUACUGUUGUUUUUGCUAUUAUCUAAUUGUUGUUGUUAACACUGAUUUCACCGUCAUUUUAAUUAUUGGUGUCGUUGUUGUUGUUUUCGUCAUUGUUGUUGUUGUAACUGCUCUUGUUAUUGUUACUGUUGAUGCUGCUGUGAUUAUUGUUGUCAUCAUUUUUGCAAUAAUAGCUGUUAUUGUUGCUGCUGUCGGUGUCUGUAGUUAUUGUUAUUAUUGUUUUUUUGUUGUUAUUUUUUUAUGUUGUUUGUUGUUGUUGUUGUUGUUCUUGGCCACCACCACCAGUGUCAUCAUCAGCCGCCGUCGUCGCCAGCAUCGCGUCACCUCCGCGGGAGGCCGUCGGCGAGGCGGUACGAAGUAUACGAUUGAAGUGAAAAUCAGACGGUCGUGUUCCGUCAGGCUGAGACUAAAAAUAGACCCCAAAAGGAUGUGCACUAAAUCACAAUGCCUUGGGUGCGGUCCUCGCCGGGCCGCCGUGACGCGCGCUGUAGGGGACGAGCGGCCGUGAUCAUGUUUCCCGGUCGGGCACCAGCUGCUACGCACCGGCUUCGUCGAUCUCUGGCCGACCUCCUCCACCCAACGUACUGAGCCACCUGAGCGAAAAAUAGCCACUUCUUUGCAGUAUCGCUACGAUGCUAUUUUCGACGUCGCAAUUCUUGGCCCGUUUUCCUUCUCCGCACCAUUCAGGCGUUGGCUCCGGCCCGGCUGCGAGCUCCUUAUGAACCACCCACAGCAGCACAAGCAGCUCCCUAGGCCCGUCAGGCCCUCUGGGGGGCAGAACUAAUUAUCCCGUAUUGAUAAGACGCGCUCGGCCAGUGAAAUGGGCCAAAAAUAGUUCGAACCGGACCCAGAAUUGAAUGGUUACAACACAUUAUCUGGCGACAGCGGCUUUAGCCACCGACUCACGUGAUAAACACACACACACACACACACACACACACACUGACGGUAAACCACCACAGAAGUGUACGGAACUCCGCCACAUAUAGGCCCUGGCACGGCCUUCCACCAGCAGGAGUGGACCGAGUAUCGUCAAGACACAGUGAUAAGAGGGAUGUGGACACACGAGUAAGCAAAUGUGUUGUGCCAGCGGUGCGUGGGGCGCGAGACACGUGGUCGAGGCGCAGCCAGGCGCCUCCCACUACUGAGAUUAACAUCACCCUUCGCCUCAAGAGGUCACAAAAAUCAUCGAAAACGUUUCCCCAAUCACCAUCGCUGCAAAGGGACACCAGUGGUGGCGAGCUUCUUCCUUUUGCGGCGGAGACGGUGACCCAGACGGGCGUCCAGUAGUGAUCCGGCGGCGCCAUGGAGGUGCUGACAAGGCCGCCGCCACACCAGGAUGCUCCCAUGGACCUCAGCACAACGGCCCACAGCAUUAUGGGUCGUGCCCCUUGGACUCACCACGCCCAAGUGGAGUGUGUGAUGAAGCCCAGAGACGCGGCGACGCAAGACACACCCAGCAGGUAUAUCCCAAUUCCGAAAAAACGGCACUGCCACGCCCCCCAUCCAAAGAAAUCUCCGAGGCGCCAAUGCCAAUCUCCCUCGCCAGCUAGGUCCUCGUCGCCGAUCACGACCGGACUCAGGGCUCGGCACUCCUUGUCGCCGGAAAUGUCGCGGAAGAGAGCUCGGAUGGAGUCCCCCAAACCCUCUGAUUUGUGCUGUAACACGCCUAAUCAACGAGCUCUCUCAAAUGACAGACACGAUGCGGUCCCCACCUCCCCCACUACCGUCGUGAGCGCAAGCGACAGUAGCGGCGGCGGCGGCGGCGUGGAGUGGCUAGCAAUGGGGGCGGGGCUGGCAGAAGCUAAUGGUGAAGUAGUAGUGGCCGGCGAGGGCGUUGGUCAGUCAGUCAUGAAGCCGCGGCAACGAAGCCACCCGUCAUCCGCGGGAAGCUCCUCUACCAGAAGUCCUCCAGGCCACAGGGAGGAAAGUAACGAAGGGAUGCCCCCAGCACACCUACUUACUGCUCUGCUGCACAUGCAGAGUGCCACGCUAUCUCAAGGGAUGCCACCCAACGCACUCAAGGACACAGAAGCUCUCUUGUCAGCGGUGCACCAGUCACAGAUGCUCUACUAUAGUUACUGCUCACAACUCAUCCAUACGCUCAGGGCAAAGCAAAUAGAGCAGCAGCAACAGCACCACAGUCAUCAACAACACCUCCAUCAGCAGCAACAGCUUCAGCAGCAACACCAUCACCACCACCGGUUGUACCUACAAAAGCAGCCUCAGAACCACUACCAGCGGACCCAAGAACAUCUUCGCCUGACCAGCGAGUCGGAAGCCGAGAGAGGUACACCUCUGGAAGAAGCGAGAUCCUAUGAAAGCGAAGACACCGAGGAGGACCUUCACGCUGCAGAGGACGACGCACUCUCCAUCCUUCGCACUAGACUCAACAGCCAGGAACCCCAACCUCCGUGUCUGGAUCAGCGGUCUCCUUCGGUCGAAUCACCAAACGGAGCCCUGCCCUCCAGCACCACAGGCAGCGAGGAUGUGGAGUUGUCACACAUGGAGGUAUCGGGUGGUGCACGCAAGAGAGCCCCGCGAGCCCUCACCGGAAAGCAUGUUCGGCCGGGCACGGGAGCAUCUGCCAGCACCCUCUUUACGCUGCGCCAGAAGUUACAGGAGCGUCAGAAAUAUCGGGAGGUUUACGGCGUCGACCCUCCGCAGCCCAUCAAGGCUACUAAAGGUCGUGCCAAGAAGCGAUGAAAUCAUCUAACUGCCCUACUGAUAGGCGCUGGAGACUGUUUACUAUGAAAGUAGGUGUUGCUUAGACGUAACAUUACUGCAUAAAAAAUAACACUUGCGUGGAGGUGGAGUCUCAUGCUCUCUGUCUGCGGACUCAUGGCAGAUCCACUCUGUGACCAGUGUUAAUUUCCCCUCCAAAGACUGCUGCCCUUUCCGCCCUUGUCUUGAUACCAGCGGGAGCACCACGAUGGUUGCUGUGGAAGACUGGUGGAUCUGAUGGCUUGAAGGAUUGGUGCAGUAACUCAUCAUUCCGCCAAACCAUAAAUAUACGCAGUGAAGUUGCUUCCCUCGCACGCCCUGCCUUGGCAGCAAGCACUCACGGACGAGCGGCGCGCCGGCAGCAAUAUGCGCGUAGUCUGAAAAAGGGCAUUACGUAAAUUUUACCUCCUCGACAAGCACGCUCAGAAAAGGAGAAUAUUUAUGACUAGCGAUAUAUUAUAAUUUCACGGAAAUAUUUAUGACACAUGACAUCAUGAACCACCCCAUCAUGAAGCGAUGCUUGUUCCGCGGCUUUAUUGGAGAAGCAAAGGAAACUAUGAAAGUGUUGUUUUUCGCCACCUGAGGCGGUAGCCCCAAACGUGGUGGUAACCCACUUUGCCAGGAGCAAAGUGUCUCAUAAGAAGGUUGUUUGGUUAAUAAAAGAGCCCAUCUAUUUUUACUUCUUUAUUAGAGUAUCAGUGUUUAUCGUGUCUAAGACACCCCCAUGCCAAUUGCUGUGCAUCACUAUCAAAGACAGUAUCAGUGCAAACCUAUAUUGAAACAUUUCCUCACUUCUCCUUGGAGACUGAACUUACCAGGGUUUUUUUAUAUACUUCAACAUUCCAUCACAACCAACCAUUCCUACAGCAGCGUCCGGCCCGCCAGGACCCUCCUCCUUCCUGUGUUAUUUUCCUACUUCAAUGCUGGGAGAUUUGCUUGUUCGUCUUAUGGACUUGCUGUCCAAGCGCCGAUGUCAUCGAAAUUCUCUUUUGAACGUAUGGGUAUUUUUUAUAUAACCUUUACGAUUUAAAUAAUGUAUCAGGGCCGUAAUUUCUGGAGGGGGAGGGGGCUAGGGGGGCUUUAGUCCCCCAAUGUUUUUUUUUUAUAUCGGCCUCAAAAAUGCCCCAUAAAUUGCUUAUUUUUCAAAUAAUUUCCCCCACCUGCGCAUUGAUCGCUCCGUUCGCCGCCCUCCACCCCCAACUCAUGAACCGAUGCCCACUAGCUCCCCCAAAAAUCUGUCAAAAUUACGGGCCUGUGCAUAUAAUACCACAUCAUAAUGAGCCCCCUUCAUUGUAAACAAAAUUGUUCUUUAGUACUCUACUCGCUCCUCAACGUGGUGAAUUAGAGCAGUGCUGCUCCUUAGAGAAUAUAAUCUAUGGUCAGUCCUGCGGAGAGGUCUCUGUGAUCGCCGGCAUUGGAAAGUCGUUUUCUUCAUCUACAUACAUUUAGCGAGGCAAUUUGCAGCCUUAAUAAGAUGACAGUACAAACCAUAAUAAUAUGUUCAAUAAUCCACUUUAUUACUUUAAAACGUUAUAUAUAUA